UGUAAUUAAUCACCAAACACAACCCCAUUAUUAACGUGUCGUAGCCAGCUACCCUCAAAACCAAACAACAAAAAACCACUGAUCCCCUUUCUAUUUCCCAAACCUCUCUUUCUCCAACACAACCAAUAAAAGAAACACUCCUUUUCCCUUUCUCUGUUCCGUUCCGCUCUUUACACCCCCACCACAAAAAAAAACAAACCCCCUUCACUCUUUUCUUUCUCAGUUCUCACACUCUCACACACACUAUCACCAUCACUCUAUCUCACACUACCUCCCAUUCCAAUGGCAGACGAAGACCACCACGACGAAAUGAAGAGGCUAUUUUCCUCCUACAUCGGUCUCAGCUUCUCCGUCUUCCUCGCUCUCCUUCCCAACAAACUCCGAGAGCAUUCUCUCAGAGCCUUUCGCGCCGAGGAAGAGCUACGCCAGAUAAAAUCACGCCGGCAGGAGGACUACAAAGCAAACGCCAGAGUAGCUGAGAUCUUCGCCUCGCACCGAAACUCCUGGCGCGACGAGGAGAAACGUCUGUUACGGCGAAUCGACGCCGCGUCGGAAGAGAUCGAUAGGCUGAGGGGAAUGGUUGAAGAUUCCAAGGCGCGUGUGGAGGAGCUGGAGCGUGAGGUUGUUGAGAGGGAUGAGAUGAUUGGGUUUAUUUCGAGAAGGUUUCAGGAGGAGGGAUUGGAUGGUUGCGGGAGCAGGGAACGUUACGGUGGGAAUCAAUAUCAUAAUAAUAAUAGUAAUAAUAAUAGCGGUGGUGGCGGUGGGGAGUGGUUUCAUAAAGAGGAAGAUGAAAUGGUGGGGACCACUGCUGAUUCUCGUGUGGAUGAGGAAGUUGAUGUUAUCUAUCAACAACAUCAUCAGCAUCAUGAUAAUGGUUUUGAUUCUGAGUUUAUUGCUUCUUCUGGUUCUAAGUUUUGGGCUGAAAAAGCAUCACUGUGGCAGGAUGUACAGUAUGAAUCCCUUGAAUCAAUGUAUAAUACGAAACAAUUUGUAGCAAGAAGGGAGUCCCCCUGGAAGGUAGACGGUGAUUCAGCUGGAGUUUCCUCUAAACUUAAAUUACUUGAACAGGAAUUAUUAAAUUUGGAGAAGAUUAGUAAGGAUGUUCCAUCCAAGGUGUCAUCCUCAAUAAAGAAGCAAGCAAAGAGAUUUCAAUCACUUUCAGAAAAAAUUGAUGAUUUAUGCAGACGAAUAGCUAGUGAUCCAUGUGAACCCUCCCUCGGUUCAGAAUUUCGAACUCAAACUCAAACAGAGUUUUUACUGGAAGCAUUCCGUCUUCAACAGGGUGCAUCUGAAACUGGACAGAAACUAAUGGCAUUGCAUACCGAAGUCGGGAAGACCCAUUACAGGGACGAGUUAAGAGGCGAGACCACACUAACCACAAGACGAUCAUUGGACUCUAUUCGAAACAACUUCAGAGAACUCCAGCGAAAUCUAGAGAUAUGGUUGGCCAGAAUCAUCGGUGAUCUCGAAGGGAUUCUUGCAAGGGACGGUGCUUCGCGCGUAAGAGAGUAUUACAUUUCUAGAUAUCCUUUUGUUCAAUAGAAUCUGAGACUGGUAGGGUAGGAAGCUUCACUUCUCAACCUAACAAGUUAGUUCUUUUGGUAUGUAAAUUGUUGUAGUACAUAAAAGUGGUAGUUGGGGACAUCCAUGUGAAAUGAAAUCAUACCACAUUUGCUAAUUUUGGCAUCUUAAAUAUAUGCUUUUCUUCA